UAAGCAAGGCACACAUAAGGACUCAGAACUGAGAGUGGACAAAGAGAGCUUUCUAUCUGAUCAAAAAGAUGCAGCCUGCCAUUUCCUGUUUCUCAGCCAGCCUAGCUCGGCAAGCUAAUUCUCCAUGCUUUCCUCAGCAACGGGGACAGAGCGAGAGGGAGGGAAAAGAAGAGACAUGAAAAUCAACAGCCUUACAGCUGCCUGCCUAAUGGAGGAACUGAUUAAAGCUGGUCCAGAAUGAAAGAAGAAAUGGAAACAGUCACGACAGAAAAUGGAUCUCUUCUCCAGUUUUACAUGGAAAGAAAGAUUCCCGAAAAAGGGAGCAAAAUAGCAGUUAUCAAAAACCAGCUAAGAAAAAAAUGUUCCUGCAGCAUAAAAACAACGAAAAAGGCCAUUCUGGAUUUCUUCCCUGUGUUACAAUGGCUUCCCAAAUACAACUGCAAAGAAUACAUCUGGGGAGAUGUUAUGUCGGGAUUGAUCAUUGGGAUCAUUUUAGUUCCUCAAGCAAUCGCCUAUUCUUUGUUGGCUGGCUUGAAGCCAAUUUAUAGUCUUUACACUUCGUUCUUUGCCAACAUCAUCUAUUUUCUCAUGGGCACCUCCAGACACGUGUCUGUGGGCAUUUUCAGUUUAUUAAGCUUAAUGGUUGGACAGGUUGUGGAUCGAGAAUUGCUGCUGGCAGGAUUCAACCUGAAUGAUGACCCACAAGACGUUGGUGACCAGGCCCAUUUGAACUUCACGGUCUACAAUUUUACCCUUGGGGUGACAAACAAUGAAUGUGGGAAAGAAUGCUAUGCUAUUGGAGUAGCUACAGCACUGACCUUCAUGGCUGGAGUUUAUCAGGUCCUGAUGGGAAUUUUUCACCUUGGGUUUGUAUCCGUGUAUCUUUCUGAACCGGUGCUGGAUGGAUUUGCCACUGGUGCUUCGUUAACUAUUUUAACAGCUCAAGUUAAAUACCUCAUUGGAAUAAAAAUCCCACGCGCCCAGGGAUAUGGGCUCUUGAUUACCACUUGGGCUAACGUUUUUCAGAAUGUUUCUCAAGCAAAUCUAUGUGAUGUGAUCACCAGCGCUAUCUGCAUUGCCGUACUGGUCACUGCGAAGGAACUAGGAGAUAAGUACAAACACAAGCUCAGGAUCCCUUUCCCCACAGAGCUGGUGGUAAUUGUGAUUGCCACCCUGGUGUCCCAUUAUGGGAAACUGAAAGAAGUUUAUGCGUCCAGCGUAUCAGGUGAAAUUCCGACUGGAUUUAUACCACCUAAAGUGCCCAGCUUCCACCUUAUGCAAAGAGUUGCUGUCGAUGCUCUCCCACUCGCCAUCGUUGGCUUUGCUUUUACCGUUUCGCUCUCCGAAAUGUUUGCCAAGAAGUAUGCCUAUACUGUCAAGGCCAAUCAGGAAAUGUUUGCCAUUGGCUUCUGUAAUAUCAUUCCAGCUUUCUUCCACUGCUUCGCUACCAGCGCAGCUCUAGCUAAGACCCUGGUCAAAACGUCCACCGGGUGCCAGACCCAGGUAUCCAGCAUUGUGAGUGCUGUGGUUGUAUUGCUUGUGCUGCUAUUCUUCGCUCCCCUCUUCUACAACCUACAGAAAUGUGUUUUGGCUUGCAUCAUAAUAGUGAGUCUAAGAGGAGCCCUUAGAAAAUUCAAAGAUAUUCCUCAACGCUACCGCCUGGACAAAGUAGAUGCCUUGGUUUGGUGUGUUACCAUGCUCUCAUCUGCUCUGAUCAGCACAGAAAUGGGAUUGUUGGUGGGUGCUAUUUUCUCAGUCUUCAGCAUUAUCGGCCGCACCCAGUGCCCACAUGCCGCCUUGUUAGGGCAAAUCGGGAACAGUGUCUUCUAUGAAGAUGACGAAGAAUAUAAAGACCUUCUCCCAGUUCCGAAGAUCAAAAUCUUCCGUUUUGAAGCACCACUUUAUUAUGCAAAUAAGGACUUCUUCCUAAAGUGCCUCCACAACAGGACAGGGCUGAAUCCUGCACUUGAAGUUGCCAAAAGGAAAAAGUCCAGGAGGAAAGGGCAACAACAUCUGGAUAAUAAAUUAGGACAGAAAGAAAUGUCACCAUGCUUGGUUCCAGAAGAUGGUGACUUUCAUACAAUCAUCAUCGACUGCUCUUCUAUUCCAUUUUUGGACACAGCUGGGGUGAGUGCAUUAAAAGAAACAUUCAAAGACUAUCGGGAGCUGGAGAUCAGCAUACAUUUGGCUUGUUGUAAUCCUUCAGUGAUAUCUUCCCUGGAAAAAGGAGGCUAUUUUAAGGGUGCAGAAAAAGACAUGCAUAAAUUGCUGUUUCAUAGUAUAUCUAGUGCUGUCCAGUUUGUAAGAGAGAGGGAAAUUGCAACAGAUGACUCUGUGGUUUAAUCCAGUAAUUGGCAGUUUGGAGAUUUUGUGUUCAUCAUAGACUGAUUGUGGUUUCAACAUGCUUGGACCUGAGUGCUUCUUUGAGUCCCCUUUGGUAAUAUGGAACACAUCCCCAAAGCCUUUAGCUAAGUAUUGUAACCCCCAAAUGAAAUCUUAAUCAAAUAAAGUUAAUCUAUUGUUCAGUUUAACUAUAUACAAAAUCAGUUUUGUUCUAACUCUGGUCAAUGGAUAGUGUUUUGACUCCUGCCAUGGGCUCUUGUGUUCCUCAUCCUGUUCUUCAUUUAAAGGAAGGAGACCAAAAGCUUCCAUCGUCAGCAUUGAAAAAAGGAAUGUUUGCCAUUAUGUUCAAUCUCAAGGAAAUGUGACUUAUGUCAAGUGUUUCUGUAAACAAAUAAGGUUCAAGGUGUUGUUUCCCACCAUAAUUUGUUAACUUGCUGCAACUCAUUUUUGUAACCCUAAGCCAUUAUUUAGCAAUAUAUCUGCCUCAAGAUAUUCUGUUCACUUAUGUCUUCUUUAAUGAAGAUUAGGUAUUUCUUU